AUGGGGAAAAAAGUCGCUGUGAUAGGAGCUGGAGCAAGUGGCCUGGUUGCUAUUAAAAGCUGUUUAGAGGAAGGUUUGGAACCCACUUGCUUCGAGAGAACUGAAGAGAUUGGUGGACUAUGGAGAUUUAACGAAAAUCCAGAGGAUGGCAGAGCAAGUAUUUACAAAUCUGUCAUUAUCAACACUUCCAAGGAGAUGAUGUGUUAUAGUGAUUUUCCAAUUCCAGACGAUUUUCCAAAUUAUAUGCAUAACUCUAAGAUAUUUGUUUAUUUCAAAAUGUAUGCAGAACAUUUUCAGCUGACAAAGUACAUCCAGUUUAAGACCAGCGUGGCAAGUGUCACAAAACGGCCAGACUUUGCUACAACUGGACAGUGGGAGGUCACAACUGAAAAAGAUGGCAAGCAGGAGGCAGCCAUCUUUGAUGCCGUAUUUGUUUGUAGCGGCCAUCAUACAGAUGCCCAUCUUCCUCUGGAUUCAUUUCCAGGUAUACAAAAUUUUAAAGGACGCUACCUUCACAGUCGGGAUUAUAAGAACCCUGAAGAAUUUUCAGGUAAAAGAGUGAUUGUAAUUGGCAUUGGAAACUCUGGUGGAGAUAUCGCUGUGGAGCUCAGCAGGACAGCAUCUCAGGUA